AUGGCGAUUCGGUUGUUUUUGCCAAAAGGGACAACUAAAGGGCCUGCGUUCCUCGAUAAGAUUUUGCGAUUGAGAAAGACGCUCUAUCCACUCCUCAUAAUGGCGUCUCUUUACUACGCAAAAAUAGUUCUGUCUCCUGAGAACAUGGAAUUGACCAGGUGUUUCUAAAAUACCCUUUGAAAUGAAAAUAACUAUUUUUUCAAUGAUUGAAAAUUUCUCCUGUUGUUUUCCGAUCUCAAUGUCUUGAUAGAAAAAACCUGGAUCACAAGGGUGGUCAUUUUUUGCGGUAGAAAAUUUUCUGAAAAUUUGUCACGAUAUCCCUUCAAGUACCAAAUCAGGGUCUUGAAGUUCUCAAUCUGCACAACUUACUAUUUCAAGAAAUAAACCCCGAAAAUGACCUUUUUGAAGGUUUUCUUUGGCUCUGGGCACUCAAUUCUCAAAAACUAUGAAUUUGUACAGUUUGAGGCUUUUGAAAUCCUUUUUUGGUGCUCGAAGGAGUGUUCUGACAGAUUUUCAGGGAAAUCCCAACCGCAAAGAAAAGUGACUUCCCUUGUCAGCGGCUAACGGCUUCGAAGCAGUUAUAAUGAAGGUAUAUUCGACAGUAACUUCUACCGCAUUGCUUUGAGCCUUUCUGUAUACAAUUUCCAGGAGAUUUACAACUAGGGAAAAUGAAGUUUGAUAACUUAGUAUGAAUGUAAGAAGUUGGGUUUGUAGAGUGAGUGAACAUGCCUUGAUGCCUGGACUGGUGACGUCACGGUUCGAUCGACCGGGUCUGACGAUGCAACUGGCGAACGACUUGAAGAAACUCAACGGGUUAGUCGGAGGUUUGAGUGAGAAUGGCUCUUCUCAGAAGCAAGACGCAACAGAAAUUCGUCUGCGACUUCUUUCGAGAGCUGGGAGUGAACUGUCACGAACAGAAAUGGUCGGUGGAUCUGCCUUCUGAGGUUGGCCCCGCUUCCAGACAGAACAUUUCCGGUCUCCAGAAGCUCGAGGGCCGCAACGCGUACGCCUGGGUACGUGCUCCGCGAGCGACCGGCGUCGAGGCGAUGCUCGUCGCCGUGCGCCUCGGCUCUUCCGACUCUCGCAUCGCCGCUCUCUCCCACGUCCUCUCUUUCGCUUCCUAUGCAAACGGUCAGUUCGCCUAAACGUCUUUUUUUAACGGUUUAACGGCCGAUAGUUCGAUUUUUCAAAACAUGGAAUCGCACAUUUUUUCUGUUUCAUGGCCAUGAACACGUUUCAGAGCAAGUUUAUUGGGCACGAGACAUAGUUUUUGUGUUUGUCGACGGCGCAUCCAAGAUGGAGGCGAUCGUCGGUUUCGACGCUUUUCUCUCUUCCUACCAUCUCGUGAAGAACCCGGCCGUCGCUGCGGAUCCCCUACACGAAGACGGCGGAUUCCUAAUCGCGGCCACCGUCUACGAGGUUUUUCUCUUCUCAACGAAUCCACUCAAAAUCGAACCUUUGUACAGAUGGCUCCUAAACAGAAAGACGCGAAAAAAUGUGUGGUUAGUUUUUUUUUCUUUUUACAUUCACUGGGAAAUUAGUUUAUUGGAAUCGAACUGGCAACUUUCACUAAUUCCGAUUAGUUCCUAAUUUCAAGUGAGAUGGAUUUUCGAUGAGAUCUUAACUGACCAAAAAACGCCUUUUUUGACAAAAUAGGCUCUUUUAUCAAAAUUUUAGCAGGUUCAACAGGAAACAUUGUGAAUUGCUGAGUUAACUUUUUAAAUAUAUUUUCUAAAUGAAAAAGAUCAGAGCAAACGGAAAAACUAUCAGAAACCGAAUACAGCCUGCUCAAAAAUCAGAGUAGUGCGUGGGCCAGGGGUGAUGUCAGAAGCGGCCCACAAUCAGUCGCAAUCACAAAUUUUUUCUAUCUCAUUGCAAAAUUUGCAUAAGUUUUCUAAAUACCACAUUUUCAAUCAUUCACUCCCCGAUUUACACAUUCUGUGAAAAUGUCGCGACAAAAAAGUUCGAAAAGUAGCAAAAUUUCGACCGCGUUGCAACAUUAUGGCCAGCCCUUCGAAAAUACUUCCUAAAUUUUUGAAAAUUCAGAAUUUCGCAUCAGUUGAAACAAAACUGAAAACUGUAAUUUACCUCGAGAUUUUCACAAAGUUUCUUCAUGCGUUGUUAAACACCCAGGAAAAAUUGCGACACCUGAAACUUUUUUUUCUUUUUUUUUUAAAUCAAACCUCAUCCCUACGACUCCUCGUUAUCACAAAUUUUUGAAGUUGUCCGCCAAGUUGAAUGGAAUCAACGGACAGCAGCCGAACUUGGAUCUUUUCAACUCCGCUGUCCGUAUCAUGAAUCGCGAACACCAUUCAUGCGACAUGCAGAUCUAUGGGAUAUCCUCAAACGUUGGUGUUUUUCUUUGUUGCAGGAAGGUCACUUUGCGGUUUGGAUUUUUCUACAAAUUUGCUCAAACACUCUCUGGAGGUCUAUAUUAGGACCCCCCUCUCAUAGUCUUUUUCUACGCAAAUUUCUAGUUUUUGGGUUAUGACUUUUUCAAGUUCGUUUUAAGGUUGGCUUUUCGUACUUCAAAAUUAAUUAACUUAAAAACUAGAAACUGCCGCGAGUUGCAACUUUGAUAAAUCUUCUUAUAAACUUUCAGAGAUUCUUUGAGCAGAUUCGUAGAGAACUCCAAGUCGCAAAAUAAAAUUACCACCUUGUCCGAACUAAUUCUGUUCUAAACGCGAGGUUUAAAGAUUAAUGUCUCGAAAACUAGAACUAGAAGUAGCGACUAUGAGGGAUCUUCAUUUAGAUAUUCAGAGACUUUUUGAGCGAAUUUGUAGAAAAAUAAAAAGAUGACUUGCCAUGUGAAAGGCAACUUUUAAGAGAGGUUUACGGGAAUCAUCGCGAUGGCUCCUUCCGAUCCGCGCCCUCUACACGCAAGCUUUCGUCUCGGAUGAAGGACUCCACAGCGUCAUGGGCAAGUACGGACUCCAGGUGACUCAUUGUCGUCACAACUAGGAGAAUGAUCACUUUUUGCUUUUUCUAAAGUUUCCUUGUUAUUUCACAGCCGUAUCCUCAAAUCGUUUUGCAUCGAAGAUCUGAUUAAUUUGAGAAGAAUGGCAGGAGAAUCGUCUGAUUUUUGCCGAGUAGUGUAUUUUAGAUUUUUCGAGCUAAGAAGGGUGAUAAUAUACUACGGCGGCCGGUGGCCGGUCAAUAUUGCGUCAGUUUCGGAGCCAGGAAAUUUUUUUAAUUUUCGUUCUUUUUUGCAAUUUGUUAAGGACCUAUUUCUCGAGGUUACAAGGUAAGUUACGUCACAAAAAGUACACAAGAUUUCAUUUUAUUAUUGAAAACCCUAUUCAAAAUACCGUAAUACGACCGGCCACCUUAAACAGGAGAGCUCUCCGUUUUUUUUUUCUAUUUGCUCAUUUUUUCUCCACAGAAUUUUCAUGCAGUCGAGAUUUUCAAUUUUCUGGGUUAAAUUUUGAAACUAUUUCUUUCCUUUCUUUUUUCAUUUUCAGAUCAUCUCACAUUGAAAUGACGAUGAUCCUGAGUCAGGAACGAAUUUUAGGGCCUGACAAUCGGCUUGGCACACUCGUUCAACCCGACACAGGCGGCGCAGUUCAUGGAAGCGAUGGCUCGGACUCUGAACAACGCCCUUGAAAGGCUCCACCAGAGCUAUUUCAUGUGGGUUCUUCCAAGUCGUCACCUUAUUUUUUAUUCUACCUGUUCAGGUACAUUCUGGGUGAUGACUCUCAUUUUUCUUCAAUCGGAUUUUAUAUUCCCAUAAUAAUACUUUUGAUUGUUCCUCUACUUAUCAAGGUUUGUUUCUCGGAAAAAGUCGACACAAUGUUUUACUUCGAAAUGAUUCAUCAAAAAGUUUAGCAUGAUGGUUUCUAUACUGAGUUAUGUUAUAAAAAAGUGCUACGACAAACGCGAGUUUUCCUUGUGAAGAGUACUGUAUGUGGAAGUCCGCGUGCACUUUGCGUGUGUGCACAUUGCGCGUUUUCCAUUUCCGCGUUUUUUUUCCAGUUUUGGGCUAAGUUGUAUGGAAAUCACGGCGUUUUUGUUAGUGGAAGAAAAUGCAAAUCCAAAAAUGAAUGGGGCGUGGCCAAAACCUCCACCUUUCCCAAGUGACGUCAUGGGAAAACGCGUAAACAGCAGGAAAUAUUAAAGGCGCAUCAAUGGGUCCUGAGACGAAUCUAUUUCUGCUUUUAAAAAAACGCGAUUUUUAUGUUUCAUUUUUUUUUAAACCCCGUUUUGAAAGUAAUUCCGCGAAAUUCAAAAUAGCCACCAGAGAGUGGAAAAUAUAACUGAAAUUCAGAAAUUCUUAUAUGAUUUCGAAUUUCUUGACAAUUAUCUUUACGUGACAUGUGCGAGAGCGCCGCGGUGCAUGCACACGACACACUACACUUUACGGAAAAAAUAUGGGCGGGCGUCCCCUAAAAAACGCCGUGAAACGAAUUAAGACUUAAAGAAACGGUUGGACUCCAAAUAUUUAUUUUGGCUAAUUAUAAAAAAAAUUAAAGGUUUGAAAACAAUUAGGGAAAAAACGCGGAGUGCACCCGCCAAAUGCGGACUUCCACAUACAGUAAUCUUCGCGGAAGGAAAACUCGCUUUCAUCCUAGCACCUAUAUAAGGUAUUCUGAGAGAAAAGCAACUCGAUAAUUCAUGAUGAUAGAUCACUUAUUUAUUAGGCCUACUACGAGUGGACGGAGAUGGGAGGCUUCGAGCUGCCUCCACAUGUUCCGGUUGCCCACGUGUUCGGAGCCGCUCUGUUCCUUUGGUCCAGGUGGUGCCUCGAAAACUUCAAAAGCCGUGCUGCACUCGCUUCCAUCCCGAACUUCCCUUAUUUCGACUUCGUGGAUGCGAGCCGUCGCACUGAGAACGUCAUCUUCGAAUUCGACAUGUCUCUCGUCAUUACUCUCGUCUUUAUCGUUCCUUGGGGAACUUUCAUGAGGUAUUUUUAAAAACGUUUCCUAGUCAGCAAAAAUAAAGGUACCUGGUGAACUGAAGUUAUGAUCCGUUAAAAAUUUUCAUUCUUCACAGACGGAUGGGAAAAGUUUCGUCGGACGGCGCGGCUUCCUUGCGAAUGUUCAUCGUCCUGGAAGCGGCCCUUGUCCUCGGCGCCUUGUCCCUUCUCAACUUCGGACUUGCCUUCAGUGUUGCCGUUCUAGCCGUCCCCACAUUUCUCCUUGCCACCAAACGAUCUACGCAAAGGUUUUUCUACUUUUAAAGCGUGUAUGGCAUGUGAACUCAAGUUCUGAAAACUUGGUGCGUGGACUUCCUCUGGUGUUGUGUCAUCCGCUGUUUCUGGCGUCAGUCUUUCUCUCAGUCGUCCGGCCUCUCUUCUACAAGAAUACCAAGCCCUUCGACGUAGAUACAGUGAGUGAACGUAAGACUGUGAAGAAAAAAACGUCUCCCAGAUUCCGGAGUUGACGUCGCAGAUGCUCCGCGAGCACGUUUUGCUGGGCUCUCAUGGUUUUGCGCUCUUUGCGCUGUUCGCCGUUCCUCUUUCCAACCUAUGCUUCACUGUCGCCACCAUCAACUGCAGUGGACUCGUCAAGGCUGACAGGUUUUCCUCUGCUUCUGCACAGAUUAUUGGAAAAUUUUUAUGACGAAAUUCCUGAGAUCCAUUUAUCAACUUGAAUAGAAAAAAACAGUGUCGGAUGGAAAAAUUGAAAUAUCUUUACAGAAAGUUGAGCGAGGAAGAAAUGGAGUCAAAAAACGUGGUUGCUAAAACGACUGAAUGA